CUCAAAAAUAAAAAUAAAAACCCCUUGCAUGAGAUUUUCGCCGCAGUCUAAUGACCUUAAAUAGCAAACAUACGCUCUUCCUUCUCUUAUAAUAUUCCUUCACAACUUCUAUCUUCUAUGGCCAACAUCUUCGCCUUUUUUCUAUUUCUCUUCUUUCUUUUAUACUUAUGUAUAUCAAGAAGAGUUCAAAAAUCUGAUAGUAAAAGGAAAGUUCCACCGAAAGCUGGCAGUGCAUGGCCUUUGAUUGGCCAUCUCCACCUAUUAGGAGGGUCACAACCACCCCAUAUAACCUUGGGUAACAUGGCUGACAAGUAUGGACCAAUCUUCACUAUCUGGUUGGGUGUGCAUCGAACUCUAGUAGUAAGCAGUUGGGAGAUAGCUAAAGAAUGUUUUACCACUAAUGACAAAGCCUUUGCCAACCGUCCAAAAGCUCUAGCUCUAGAACUAUUGGGCUACAACUAUGCCAUGUUUGGGUUUAGCCCUUACGGUCCUUAUUGGCGCCAAGUGAGAAAGAUGGCCAUGCUGGAAGUCCUCUCAAACCACCGCCUUGAGACGCUCAAACACAUUAGAGAGGCGGAGGUAGAUAAUUCUAUAAAAGAGAUAUUUGAGCUAUUGGGUAAAAAAAACAAGGUGUUUGUGGAAAUGGAAAGAUGGUUUGGGUACACAACACUAAAUAUGGUAUCUAGGAUGGUUGUAGGUAAGCAAUUUGGUGGGACUACAACUAAGGAAAAUGAAGGGAAUGAUGAAUAUCGAAAGGCAAUGAGAGAAUUUUUCGAUUUGGCUGGGACAUUUGUUGUGUCAGAUGCACUUCCUUAUCUAAGGUGGUUGGACGUGGGAGGAUAUGAGAAAGCUAUGAAGAAGACAGCAAAAAAAUUGGAUCAUAUGGUUGGAGAAUGGCUAGAAGAACAUAAGCAGAGGAAAUUGUGCGGUGGGAUGAAGGAACCCCAAGAUUUUAUGGAUGUUUUGCUAUCCAUUGUCACUGACGAGGAUGAGAUUUCCAGUUAUGAUGCUGAUACAAUCAUCAAAGCUACAUGCUUGGGCCUUAUCUUAGCGGCCACAGACACAACAACAGUAACAUUGACAUGGGCCCUCUCUUUACUUCUCAACAACCGUGAAGCUCUAAAGAAAGCUAAACAAGAAUUAGACAUCCAGGUUGGUAGAGAAAGGCAAGUGAAGGAAUCAGAUGUGAAAAAUUUGGAGUAUCUCCAAGCUAUCCUUAAAGAAACAAUGCGUUUAUACCCAGCUGGACCACUCUUAGUGCCACACGAGUCCUUGGAAGACUGUACUUUGGCUGGCUAUAACAUCCCAAUAGGUACACGACUUCUUGUUAAUGUUCCAAAACUCCAUCGAGACCCAAGUGUGUGGGUGAAUCCAACUGAAUUUCGACCUGAAAGAUUCCUUACAACUCACAAGGAUGUUGAUGUUAAGGGCCAACAUUUUGAGUUGAUACCAUUUGGCAGUGGUAGAAGAAUGUGCCCUGGGAUUUCAUUUGCUCUACAAGUUACACAACUCACACUAGCUACCUUGUUGCACACUUUCGAAAUUGCAACCCCAUCUAAUGAACCAGUGGACAUGACUGAGAAAGUUGGACUUACCAACCUAAAAGCCACCCCAUUAGAAGUCAGUCUUACUCCUUGCCUUGCAGCUCAAGCAUAUGCAUAAUUUGAAUGGUAUUUUGUGAUAAAUAAUAUCAAUUCAUAUGUAAAUAUGAAAAUAAUAUAUGAAAACCUUUGAUCUUAUGAGUUGUACCACAAAGUUGUGUUUUCUCCAUGUA